CCCGUGGAAAAUAGAACAAAAUAUUAACUAGAAUUGAUUUCAAACAAAUCAGUUGAAUUAUAAUAGCAAUGGACAAACUUGGUUUGGGCUGUCCCUUUUCGUUUCUGGGCGGAAAACAGCAGGAAUCGAGUAGCGGACCCGGCUUCCUGGAUCUCAACUACGAGAUUUAUCUGGAAAUAUUUUCAUCCCUAAGUUCUCUGGAGGAUCAGCUAAAUUUGGGCCGUGCACACCCACUGUUCCGGAACGUGCUAACAGACUUUCUGCGAACACGCUACAAAAAAAUCAAUGUGCGGAUGCUGAAAACCAUUCCGGACUGGGAGUUCCUGUUGCAGCUGUGCGGUUCCGAAGUGUCCAGAUGUGAUGUGCCCCACGGUCGCUGGGACGAGCCCUUCACCUACCCCUUCCUGGACCUCCUCGGACGCCACUGCCCCAAUCUUCGACAGGCAGUCAUCAUAUUCAUGCACGCCGACACAGACACGCCGCCGGAAACGGGGGACAGGGGCCAUAUCAUGCAGCAGCUCCUGGAGCUACCCAGUCUAACCGAUCUCACCCUGAUUGAUCCCAGAUCUGCCCAGUAUCAAUUACGACACUUCACUAAGCUGCAGAUCUUGGACUUGGAUGGAAUCGAUCGAAACCUCAGUGACCACGCCUUUCAGCAGAUGUUUGAAAAUAAGAUCAGCGUGAAGCGAUUGCUGCUAAACUUCAGCCGGGAUCACAGGAGAUCCCGCCAAAUGGCCCAGCUGGCAGAUAAGUUUCCGAACUUGGAGCACCUGACUCUCGAAAACUUCGAUGUGAACUUUCCGGAGUUGGGUGAAUUCAAAACUCUCCAGUCGCUGCGAUUAAUAUCCCGAUGGAAAGUGGAAGUGUGUAAUGACUUCUAUAGAUCGGUGGCCCAACGCAUUGAGAACCUCCAAAAGCUACAGCUCAUCUCAGUUCGUGUUAGAGGCGACCAAGUGCAUUACUUUCUGGCAAUUAGCCAACUGAGAGCUCUGGAUUGCGACAACUGGCCAGCUCAGUCGGUUGAGCAAUUGGGUCAGUUAACAGAUCUCGAGUGCCUGGCCCUGGAUUGCAUUGGAUCGCCGUCGAACGCAGGACGUCAACUCCUAUCCCUCAUACAAAACUGUUAUAAACUAAAUCACCUAAAGCUGGGCAAACAUUGGCAGUUGCCCAUCAAUGAUGUAAAUGCAUUUCUGACCAAAGUGACGGAACUACGAUCGGAUCCGAAAAGUAAACUUCUGCUUACCUUGGACUUUAUCAGCAUACCGGAUACUCAAGAAAAGUUCAAACAUCUUUUCAGGGAUCAUGAGCACUUGCGAGUCUCCUUUAAUGGAACCACUUGCCACCACUGUCAGCCCGACACCCACUCCAAAUGCGAUACCAUCUUUGACUAAUUUUAUUUUACCCAAAAACUCACCUCGCAGUGGGACGCUUCUAU